AUGAAUCAUAAAGCACAGCUGAUCGACCAGGAGAACCGAGCUAAAAACGACCACCACUUUAGAACCGAGCACUACCGAUUUAGAUCCGAGCACUACUCGAGAGCUGAACAGUCGACGAGCGGCAAGGCCCGAAUCGCAUCGACCUUCCACUGGCGCGUCGCGCUCCCAGCGCUCGUCGCGGCGACGAUCUUCGCGUUCCUAUUGGCCGAUCCGCUCCGCCUGAGCCCCGUGGCGCACCUCCCGUUCGACCCAGUCGUCAUCGACAUCGCGCCGCCGCCACCGCGCUCCGUCAGAGACCCUCUUAAUCGGCUCGCUGAUGCCGAGAUCAUGUUCGAGGGCGAGGCGUUCGGGCCUGAAAGUCUGGCGUGGGAUCUGGACGGCAGGGGGCCGUACGCGGGCGUGGGCGACGGGCGAGUCGUGCGCCGCACGGCGGACGGCCGCGCGUGGGAGACGUUUGCGUGGGCGUCGCCGCUGCGACCAACUCGCUCUUCGCUCUUCUCCCCCCCCGCCUCCAACCUAUCCCCGCCAGGACUCCUGAGCUGUUCUCAUUCUGAGAUACCUCUGACGCCCGAUCUCUGUGACACACACGCCCCUCGGCGCUUCAGUGGCUCUGCCACAUCACAGGAGCUCGGACCAAUGGAAAGGAGACGCGCGGCGGCAGCAGCAGCGACGCUGCCAGCCUCGGAGAGAGUGGCGACCGCGUUCGGCGUGUUCCCCAGCGACGUGUCUCUCGUGCAGCCCCACAUCCGAACCACCGUUCAAGAGUCGGUGCCAGGCUCGGUGCCAGGCUCGGUGCUAGGCUCGUUGGAAGGUCCUGCUGGGAACCAGUCUUCCCCAGACGUACCUUCAGAAGAGCCUCAAAGCACCGCCGCCUCUCUUGCUGCACAGGCUGCCAAUGUAGAGUCAUCACAACAGAACCAACUGUCCCAGCAAAUCCAGCAAUCUCAGCAAUCCCAUCAGGCCCAAAAUUCCCAUCAGGCUCAGAAAUCCCAGCAGGAGCAGCAGGUGCAGCAAUCCCAGCAAGCCCUCCCAAACCCCUCCACGGAGCACAUAUGCGGGCGGCCGCUGGGGUUGCGGUUCCACCCGGUGACGGGGGAGCUGUUCUUCGCGGAUGCGUACUUUGGCGUGUUCAAGGUGGGGCGGCAGGGUGGGCUGGCGCAGCCUGUGGUGACGCGCGUGGACGGCCGCCCGCUGCUGUUCGCCAACGACCUUGAUAUUGCCGCCAGCGACGAGAAUGGGACGCUCUAUUUCACCGACACCAGCACUCGCUUCCAGCGCCGGGCCUACUACGUGUCAAUAGUGGAGGGCAGGGCGGAUGGGCGCCUGAUGCAGGUGGACCUCCCCUUGGAGGGCAGGGCGGACGGGCGGCUGUUGCAGGUGGACCUGGCGACUGGCCAAGUGGCAGUGCUGGUGGACGGCCUUGCAUUCGCCAAUGGCGUCGCGCUCUCGAGAGACAAGUCCUUCCUCGUGUUCUGCGAAACCACCACUCUGAGGUAA